AUGGAAAACAUUUUAUCUACACUGAGCGCCACACUGGGCACCGGAAUUGGCUUAUCCUGCGCCCUGGCGGCGGGAGCUGGUCUCCUAGCACACUGGGGCUACUAUAUCCGCGGGCACAGAAGCAUGGAGGUGUUCAAUAUCUUGGUCAUCCACGGCGUCGCACUGAUGCUUCUCUUCAUCAAGUCCGUCACAAGUCUGGGAUUCGCAACGGGUACAACGGCGCAUCUUGCAAUAUCCAGCUCUUACUUUGCAGGCCUAUUUACCAGUAUCGUGGUAUACCGCCUAAUAUUCCACUCUCUGCGCCGGUUCCCCGGUCCUUUUCCGGCCAGAAUUAUGAAGCCCUACAUCAUGUGGCUCAACAGAGAUUGGAAAUUGCAUGAAAAAUAUCUCGAGAUGCACGAGAAGCACGGAGAUUUCGUGCGCGUUGGCCCCAACGACAUCUCAGUCGUCAACCUAGACGCUAUCACCAAGAUCCACGGACCACAGACAAAGUGCACCAAGCGAAAUACCGGAUUCUACGACGCCUUGAGGACAAAGGGCGAGUUGAACUUGGAUUCUCUUUCGCACAACGAGGUGCACCGCGACAGGCGUAAAGUCUGGGACCAAGCUUUAGGAAGCAAAGCUCUCGAAAAAUACGAAGAAGAAACCCGUACCGUCCUCCGGACCUGGCUAUCUCGCCUCGAAGAAGUCCAAGGAAAGCCCAUCAACGCCUCGCACUACGCGAAACUCAUCCCCUUUGACAACAUGGGCCGCGUAGGCUACGGCCGAGACUUCGGCACCGUCCGAGACGGCAGAGAAGAUAGGAUGCUUGACCUCAUCGAGACCACGUUCAAGCUGGGCGCUCGACUGGGACAGACGCCUUGGCCGCUCGUGUUUCUGGCGAAGUUGCCGCGGAUGGGCAUGCAAAAGGAGUUUGAGGAUUUGGGGGUCCGACUUGUGGAUGAGAGAAUUGCCGUUGAUUCUGAUGAAUCUCACGAUAUGUUGAAGUACUUCCUCGACGACUAUAAGUCUGAGAAACCAAAGUCUUUCUUCAAUGUCAAUAUCAUGUAUUCCGACUCUCAAGCCAUCCUCAUCGGAGCGACAGACACAAUAUCCUGCACUUUGGGGUACGCCUUCUAUUACAUCGCCCGCGACGCCGGACUCCGUCAGCGUCUUUACGAAGAGAUUGCGCCUAUGCACUCCAAGACUUUGGAAGGGGAAUUCGCUGUGACGGACCUCAACAAGCUUGAUCUGCUUGAAGCUGUCAUCACCGAGACCCUUCGCAUGUAUGCGCCCGCGCCGAUCAAUGGGCCCAGAAUGGCUCCGUCGGAGGGUGUGACGAUUGAUGGGACCUACAUCCCUGGAGACGUGACUUUAUGUACGCCAAUCCACUGCUAUCAUCGAAGCCACAAGUACUGGAGGUCCCCUAAUGAGUUCAUACCCGAGCGCUGGACGACUCGCCCAGAGUUGGUCAUUGACCGGAGGGCUUUCUUGCCUUUUAGCUACGGUCGGUAUGACUGUGUAGGAAGGCGUCUGGCUUGGAACGUUCUGCGGCUAACCAUUGCCUAUACUCUCUGGAACUAUGACUUUGAAUUUGCCCCUGGAGAAGACGGCGAGACGUUUGAGGAAGAAGCCAAGUUCCAGCUAAUUAUUAAGCCCGCAAAGUUGGAUUGUGUUUUUACGAAGAGGCCCGAGACUCGGUUGUGA